GAAGCAGAUGAGCGAGUUAGGACCCGAGGAGUUUUUUGAGCAGUGUCUGCACGCUUCCAAUGAACGGUAAGCCAUUUUAUCCUACGUAGGCCACGCUGACGAUCCGGCAGUUACUCCUUUGCCAGCCCCUUCAUUAUGACACUCCUAAUAUCGCCACUUGUCCUACUCUUCGAUACCACUCUCACCAGCCCAUCAAUUCUCCCUUCCAUCACCGCCAUGGUGUCGCAUGCUGUCUUGCACGGGGGCCUCAGGCAAUCGAACGGCCCUCGGAAGGUGCUCGAAAAUGCCCUGUUUAAUCUCAUAUUUUCCGUUUCGCGGGCAGGCCAGAUUUCGCAACACGACCUUGACAGAUUCCACGCCGCGUGGACCAUGGUUCUGCCAUGUAUCCGCGCCAUUGGCCCAGACCCCAGGGACGUCGGGACUGGAUCCGCUCCACCCUUCUCAGAGCAAGUCUCGGGUCUGCAUCCCUCCACAGCUCAAUCCCCCGCAGCUGCCGAAAUCUCAGGCUUUGCCCCAACCCCGACAGUUGCCCACUCCCCAUCACCACACCAUCGACCAUUUGCCCUCAGUCGGCCCCCAACGCUCCGGAUGAUAGGGAUGAAGAGUUUACUCUUGGUCCCAAGGGGCCCCAACAAAACUCGCCCUUCACCCAGGUGCCCUCAUCCGCUGGUCAGAAACGCGGUCGUGGAGGACGAUACGACCGUCAACUAGGGAACAGGAAACGCGCGCGGAAACGGGUUACAUCGGGAGCUGGACACAUCC